AUGGAAUCUCUACCAAAGAACCUGACACGAGAGGCUGACAUAUCUCGAAGCCCCGAGGACAAGUGUGGUGUCAUCUCACGAAGUCUCUUUCUCUGGAUGCUUCCAUUACUUUACAAGGGAUAUAGACAAUCUCUCGGUGUGGAUGAUCUCUAUGCCCCUCCCAUCGAUGCAGCUCCUGUGGAUUUGGAAGAGAAACUUUGGCGCGACUGGUCGAACUCAAUUACUAACCUCGUGAUUCUGGAUUCCUCAAGCCAACCGGGUGCACGAUACAGACUGCUAUCCGUUACUGCGAAAGCCCUUUUGCCACGAUUACUUGCUCCGAUCAUUCCAAGGCUCUGCGUUGUGGGCUUCAUGGUCGCUCAACCAGUAUUUCUAUCACUCCUUAUUCGAUUCCUUAGCGAUAACAGCGACUCUCGAAACGAUGGAUACAAUUCGCUAGCAGCUUAUGCCCUCAUAUACAUUGGUCUCGCAGUUGCAAAUGCGUGGUACUUUCAUCAAACCUUCAAGUUCAUCACUUGCGUCCGGGCAGGUCUCGUGACCCUCGUCUAUGAUCGCACCAUGAGUUUGAGUACCGCUGCCAUCGACAAGUCAUCAGCUGUGACGAUUAUGAGCGCCGAUAUCGAGCGAAUCACAAUCGGGCUCAAGAAUAUACAUGACCUCUGGGCUAAUGUGAUACAAGUCGCCCUUGCCGCAUGGCUGCUGGAAAGACAGACUGGUGUUGCCAUCAUCCUACCGUUGCUUGUUGCUGCCUCGUGUGGCUACGGGACCUUGAAGAUCAGCGCUGCCGCGGGUGGGCAACAGGCCAAUUGGCUAAAGCGUAUUGAGAAGAGCGCGGAUGUUACCAGCCGAACACUGUCAUCAACGAGAGGCAUCAAGGUUUGUGGUUUUGCAAACACCUUGAUAGAUGUUAUACAGGGCUUGAGAGGUGAGGAGCUACAGGCAGCUUCUAAACUUCGAUGGUGGCAGGUCGGUGCACUGGUCAUGGGGUUUUUCCCUGUCAUGAUCAGCCCUGUUCUGACUCUUGCCGUCUUCGUUUUUGUGGCCGAUAGGGCUUCACAGCCUUUGGAUGCCUCGAGAAUGUUUGUGUCAUUGUCAACUUUGACAAUAAUGUCCCAGCCAUUAAGCGUGCUCUUCCAAUCAGGCCCCAUGAUAUCGUCUAUGAUUGCCUGCUUUGAUCGCAUUGGCCGGUUCAUCGAAACUCAAGAAGGUCUCGAUAUUUCUCAACAGAGCUCAACUGCGGCAGAUACAGAGGGCGAUGCCAAAAUUCAGAAUGGGAGUUUUGGUUGGUCUGUUGACUCAGCUUCGGUUCUUAAGGGCAUAAAUGUAACAUUGCCCCGUGGAAAACUCACCACGAUCAUUGGGCCUGUGGGAUGCGGAAAAUCCACGCUCUUGAAAGGCCUCCUUGGAGAAGUUACGUAUGCUAAUGGUGCCAUUAUGCUUCCACGCGGUAGUCUCGGAUUUUGCGACCAAAACCCGUGGAUCGUGAACGGCACUGUUGAAGAGAACAUCACUAUGUUUUCAGGGAAUGAUAACGAGCAUUAUAAUACAGUGCUGGAGGCUUGCGCUUUGUCCGAUGACUUGAAGCAGCUUUCGGCUGGCGAUCAAUCCAAAGUUGGCAGUAAGGGGAUUGCCUUGAGUGGCGGCCAAAAGCAACGAGUGUCCCUUGCGCGCACCCUCUUCGCUCGGCGCAAUAUCAAUCUAUUCGACGAUAUUCUUAGCGGUCUCGACAGCACUACAGAAUCGCACGUCUUCGCUGCUAUCUUUGGGCCAACAGGGCUUCUCAGGCGAAAUAAAUCCACUACUAUUCUUGCAACACACUCAGUUCACUUUCUUCCAUAUGCUGAUCAUAUUAUCUGCAUUGGACCCGAAGGAAAUAUUGUUCAGCAAGGGUCAUUCACAGAGCUCAGUGCAAUUGGAGGAUAUGUCAGCAGCCUAGGGAUAAAAAAUAACCAGAACUUACUCGGAUAUAUCAAUCCCAAGGCGAGCAACGGGGAAACGGAAAACAAUAGCAAGACGAAGACGCCAGAGCCCGAUGGAGAAGACAAAUCACAAAAGCCUCGAGGCGUCUAUCGAUAUUACGUUAAAUCGGUCGGCUAUGGAAUGUCUCUCCUCUAUCUCGUCCUUGCUACCAUUUAUACCUUUCUUUUCACCUUUCCCUACCUAUGGGCUAAAUGGUGGACUGAUGCCAAUUCUCGAGAUCCUUGGCAAUACACAGGGUUUUACAUGGGGGGCUACGCUCUGCUCCAGGUCUCGUGUCUGAUCUCUCUUGUGAUCUUCGCAAGACAUGCAGUUAUCACGAUCACCGAUACUGGUAUCACACUCAACAGAUUCAGUCAAGACUUGCAGAUGGUGGAUAAUGAACUCCCUCUGGCUGUACUGAACAUUGCAUGUAGCGGACUCAUUCUCAUCGGCCGGAUGCUGCUCAUUAUCAACACCUCGUAUUGGUUAGCAUUCUCCUUCCCUUUGAUUAUCUUGGCUCUAGGGGUGCUUCAGAGCGUGUACAUGGGCACCUCAAGGCAGUUGAGGCACCUUGAUCUUGAGACCAAGUCUCCCCCUGUAUUCUCAAUUUGUCGAGUCAUUGGAUGGGCUGGCUUCCAUUCGCGCUUUGGGUGGCAAGGACCGUUCAAAGAGCUCCUCUAUCGUAAUCUUAACCGUUCCCAGAGACCGUUCUACCUGCUCCUCGUUCUUCAACGAUGGCUUUCAGUUUCGCUAGAUUGCCUGACAGCAGGGUUUGUCAUCCUCCUUGGCGCUGUAACGAUCACUAUGCGGGAUCAAAUCAGCCCAGGAUUUGCAGGCGUCGCCUUGGCUAACUUGAUCGGCCUGAGCGGUUCCAUGAGCACUGUGGUUGAGACAUGGACGCAGAUGGAGACAUCGAUGACUUCUAUUGAGCGAUUUCGAGACUUUGAGUGUGACGUCCCUUCCGAGACCCGUGGAUACAGCCAGACGGCUGCGCCUCCGGAAUGGCCAAGUCGAGGUGCCGUCGAGAUUCGAAACCUGACUGCGACGUAUAAAGAUGGCGCAGUUACGGCCUUGAAAAACAUCACAAUGAGUAUCAAGCCCGGUGAGAAGAUCGGCAUCUGCGGCCGCACAGGUAGCGGCAAAACAUCCUUCACUCUGGCCCUCUUCCGGAUGAUCGAUGUCCAGAAGGGUUCUAUCUCGGUCGAUGGUCUCGAUGUUGCAUCCAUGGAGCCCAACACACUGCGAAGCAGCCUCAAUGGGAUCCCACAGGAGCCUUACUUCAUGCCGGGAACUGUCAGAUUCAAUGCUGACCCUCUUGGCACAAGUUCUGACGAGGAUAUUACGCGAGCUCUUACUUCAGUUCACAUGGACAGGGCUGUCAGGAACAAGGGAGGGCUCAACGCUGAGAUGGAGGAUAUGUUGUUUUCCCAGGGCGAAAAGCAGCUCUUCUGUCUUGCUCGAUCUAUUCUAAAACGCAGUAAGGUCAUCGUGCUAGACGAAGCUACAAGCAACAUCGACAUUGACACUGAAAGUUUGAUCAAGAAGGUGAUAGACGAAGAAUUUAAGAAUUUUACAGUAAUCACAGUCGCUCAUCGACUAUCAGUCAUCCUCAAUAACGACCGUAUUGCUGUUUUAGAGGCAGGCGAGCUGGUGGAAUUCGAUACUCCCGAGGCCUUGCUGAAUCGAGAAUCUCGGUUGAGGAAAUUGCGAGAUGCAUAG